GUCUCUGCUUUAGCAAACCAUUUUUAAAACAACACCGUUCUAUACAAAGUUCAUAUGAGAAGUAAAUUACUCUUCAUAGACCCUCUCCCACUAGCUACUCUUCUUCUGCAUGAGGCUCUCCCACUGAUAGCACCAAGAGGUUCAGCGUUCUAAACUAAUAUAUGCCUACUUCCAUGCACCCUUUCAUUUUCCUCUUCAUCCUCAUCUUCACCCAUCUCACAGGUGGGACUCAGCUGAUAUUAGUGAACAACUGCAAAGAGAGUGUGUGGCCUGGAAUCCUUGGCAGUGCAGGGCACCCAACUCCGAAUGACGGUGGUUUCCAACUUUGCAGCGGCCAAGAGGUGGUCUUGGAAGUCCCUCAGGGAUGGUCAGGCAGGAUCUGGGGUAGACAAGGCUGUUGCUUUGACCCCAAAACCGGCAAAGGCUCAUGUCAAACAGGUGAUUGUGGAGGGCUUAUGAAGUGUGGGGGCAUGGGUGGUGUUCCACCAGCCACACUUGUGGAAAUGACACUUGGGACCUCUCAAUCUGCGUUGCAUUUCUAUGAUGUAAGUCUGGUUGAUGGGUUUAACCUUCCAGUGUCGAUGAAGCCUGUGGGAGGUGGGGUAGGGUGUGGGGUUGCAGCUUGUGAGGCCAACUUAAACGUUUGUUGUCCUUCAGCAUUGGUUGUGAAGCAGCAAGGGAAGGUGGUGGGGUGCAAGAGUGCUUGUUUGGCUGCAAAAUCAGAUAGCUAUUGUUGCACUGGUGAGUUUUCCACCCCCAAAAGUUGUAAGCCAAGUGCCUUUGCUCGUCUUUUUAAGACCCUUUGCCCUCAGGCUUAUAGCUACGCUUAUGAUGAUUCCUCAGGGCUUAAGCUUUGCAAAGCACCUCGCUAUGUUAUCACAUUCUGUCCACCAACUUAAUGUCGCCAGCACUAGAGUGUGAUGUGAUGAGACCUUUUUAUUGAUUUCUUCUUGUUAAUGUUGUUGUCCUCAUUCUCUUUUCUUCUUCUUCUUCUUCUGCUGAUUUUCCAAAGUGGAGUGGUAGUGAAUCAUUUGGAGCUGUCAUUAUGUAUUCUAUAAUUGUUAGUGAUCAUUAGAUGGUUAAUUCAGUCUCUUGUGUUUAUUGUGGAUUACUAAAUGAAGCUCAUU